AUGUCCUGGCUCAAGAAGGUGGGCAAGCACAAGCACGGUGCGGAGGAGGUCUCGCACCUGCCGCCCCUGAAUGCGCGCCUAGGUGACUGGAGUGGUGAGCUGCGUGAUGAAGGCAAGUUUUCCGAGGGAUUCCUCGAUCAGAUUACGCUCCCGGGCCAAGUGUCAGCGAUGGCGUACGAGCCCGGGAUCGGCCUGCUGGCCGUCGGCACUUCGGCAGGGACCGUACACGUGUACGGUGCGCCGCCUGCGCGUGUUACCAUUACCUUGCGCCCGGCACUGCGUGUGAAGCACCUUGUAUUCAAGUCGGACACGUAUCUGUUGAUCUGCAUCGAUGAGAAGGACAAUAUCAGUGUAUACGACAUGUCGCGCCAGGAUCCCCAUGCGGCAAAGCUGCGUGGAAGCGCGACGCGCCGCGCUCCGCCGACAGCAGGCGGUGGUGCGGCUCAUGCGGCGCAGCUGGCGGAUGCACCGCUCCGUGUCGGCACGCAUUCGGCACGCAACGCCGUGCUGUGCCUCGAGGUAACGGCGGUGCAUAGCCACAUGUUCCUCGGCCUCGCGGAUGGCACGGUCGAUGCGUACGACCUCGAGCGCUUUGCCCCGGCGCCGUACCGCAUCCCGAACUUGUGGUGGAACGAAGAAGAGGCCGAACGCCGCAACGGCAUGCCGGGCGCACCGAGCCGCCUGCACGUCCCGCUGAUUAUCGAUAUCCAGACGCACCCCAAGGACGUGAACCUGCUGCUCCUGUGCUAUGAGGGCGGCGCGGUUCUGUACUCGGUGCGCGACAAGAAUGCGCUGCUCGCGUUCCAGCUGCGCCUCCUUCCUGGCGCUCCGGGACCGUACGCCGACGCACCGAUGGAGCAAAUCUGGAGCGAGCGUGCGUGCCCCGCGACGGCGAUCGCCUGGAGCCCGGAUGGCGAGCAGUUUGCGAUGGGACAUGAAAACGGAUGCAUUUCGUUCUGGUCGAUCAAGGACGAGGACAAGCCGCUGCAUGUCCGCACGCUCGACGAGAUCGACGUCGAGCGGCCGACCGCACCAGAGGAGCUCGCACAGCGCCGCUCGGCAGGGCCGCGUGAGCCCAUCUUUAAGCUUGCCUGGUCAGCCUUCCCGGGCCCGGGCUGGUACGAGGCCGCGGCGAAUGCUUGGAGUGGUGAGGCGCCGUCGCAGGACGCCGAGACGUCGCAGCACGGCACUGUGCUCACCGUGAUGGGCGGCACGCCGGUCCGCCAGAACGCCGCGUGCCUGCACACGUUCCACCUCCCGCCGCCCCCUCCGAGCGCAAUGUGGGCGAGCACGACACCCGAGGCGCAGUACAAGGCGCGUGUCGCACAGCAGCAGUCGCUCGUGCCGACGCACGUCGCCAUGUACCGCACGACGUCGACUGUCGAGGACUUUAUGCUUCUCCCUCGCCUGAGUCCGUACUACCGCGGGACGUACGACCCCUAUGCGAUUCUCGUGCUGGUCGGCCCCGACGACUCGCUGCCGUCGCUUGCGACGCAGGCGACGCACCGCGGCCUCGAAACCUACUCGUUCCCGCCAAAGACGUCGGGGAGCGACGGGUACACGCCUCUCCACCUCCCCCUCCCCCUCUCGCUCGUGGGCAGGGGCACGGUGCUCGGUGCAAAGAUUGAGACGGUGCCCCUGCCGACGUACCGCAAGCUAGUGCAGGACGCGAACGGCACCGCUGCGGGCUCCGUCGCGCCCGACCAGCCGAUGGGCGGUUUUGCGACGCCGAACAUUUACGGCGGCACGCUCAUGCACGCCGCCGGCAUUGCGCGCAUGGGCCAGCCGCGUCUGCUGCUUACCUGGCACCUGGACGGGAGCGUGCGUGUGCACGAUGCGUCGCCGCACCUCUUGCUGCUCGGCACGGAGGAUGCACGCCGUGGCACGGUGCUCGAAAAGCCGUUCCCGCAGCCGCUGCCGCACCUCACGGUCGGCGUGCGGGACGUUGUGCUGCACCCCUCGGCGAUUGGCGCGCCUGCGCUCGAGCCGCUGCAGCGCUUCCCAAUGCAGCUGCAGAUUGCCGACGUGGUUGCCGGCUGGCACUCUGCCGAGCUGGCGGUGCGCCUUACCACUGGGCAUGUGCUCCAUCUCGCGUACGCGCCUGCAGCGCUGGUCGAUCCCGGCACCGCGAUCUCUGACGCGCUCAACAGCCUGAAUAUGGACACGCCGAGCGCCAAUAGCGCGCCGCUCCCCGAAUUUACGCCGCUCGAGGCGACGGCCGUCGCCAGUGCCCCUGGAUUCAAGCCGCAUGCCAUGCUCCACCUGAUGCCUGUGCCGCCGUCGUGCAUGGCAAUGAGCGACACCGGCCUGUGCGCCGUGGCGUCCGGCGGCAUGCUUGUCGUCGCUGACGCACGCAAUCAGGACAUUGUGGUGCGUGCCGGCUUUGGCGCACAGGACUUUUCGUCGCACCAGAUCGGCGAGCGCGAAGGCAAGAUCGUCGCGGGCGAGGCGCGUGGCGAGAUUGCAUCGCUCACCUUUGCGGUGUGCCGCAUCGCCGAGGAUCCGAUGCUCGCGCCGCGCCUCGUCGUCGUGCGCACGAGCGGCCUCGCGACUGUGUGGACCUUUGAGCAGGGCUCGCUUGGCGACUGGUUCGGCUUCCGCAGCGCGGCCGUCCAGCUGGAUGUCCAGGGCCGCAUGAUCUACACUGCGGUCCUCGACCCUACCGGCGCCGAGGCGCAGUGCACCGCCGAGGAUGUGCAGCGCGCCAAGAUCGAGCAGGAGAGCAUCGGCGCGGGCUUUACGGCAAACAUGCACCAGUUCCACGUGCUGCUGGCCGUGAGCGAGCAGGGCGCGACGGUGCGCGACCAGGUCACCGGCCCGCGUAUCGGCCGCGCCGACCUGCCCGACCGCGCAGUCGCGGCGCACAUCGUGACGCGCUCACGGGGACGUGUGCUCCUUACCGUGUCGCCCAGCAGCAUCACCACCGCGUCGCUGCCCCGCCUAGACACCACGCACCGUAUCCAGCGCCAUGUGCCGCAGUCGUCCGAGGUCGUUGCCGCCGCGCCGCAGGUCAGUGUCGAGGCGCAGGGCGACUUUAUGGAGCUCUGCGACGGGCAGCAGCUGCGCCACUGGACGGCGUUUGCGACGCAGCCGCACGGCGAGAUGCCCAACAUGUGCCUCUUUACGCCCCGCACGCUGCCGUUUGCGCCUGGCGUCGGUGCGGGCGGGUACAUUGCCGGCCUCGCCAGCUGGCUCGGCACGUCGGCCGGGUCGACGCUCUCGCCCGCCGCGCAGCUCGACGCGGCGAUCGGCGGCACGCGCCGCGCGCCCCUUCCCAAGCUGCCGCCUCGCGUGAAUCCCACGCCCGAGGUGCCGGUGGAAGAGGUGCCGGUCGCCGCCCCCGGCCCCGCGCCUGCGCCCGGAGCGGCCGCUGCGCCGGGCGCGCCGUCCGCCGAAGCCAGGGGCUCGUGGCUCGACUCGUACAAAAACUCGCUCGCGAGCUUCGCCAACGGCGGCGCUCGCUCGCAGGCUCAGUUGAAUAUGCAGCUCUUGCACAAGCGCGACGAGAUUCUAUCGACACUCGGCGAGGGCAUGUCGGACUUGGAGCGCAACGCGACCAACUUUUACAAACAAACGCGCAACUCUGCGCUGAAGGCCGCCGCCAAGGAUAAGUUUGAUAAGUACAUGUAG